CCCGCCUAUAGCGUGGGGAAUGUGGGCUUCCUUCGCCGCUCAGGUCCUCUGUUGCUCGUCCUCGGUUUCCGUCACUUGGAGCCGGGGUGUGAGAUUGGGGGUGACCAUGGCCAAGAGCAAGUUCGAGUACGUGCGGAGCUUCGAGGUCGAUGACUCCUGCCUGCCGCACUGCUGGGUGGUGGUGCGGCUGGACGGCCGCAAUUUCCACCGGUUUGCUGAGAAGCACCACUUUACAAAACCCAAUGACAAGCGAGCACUUCAUCUGAUGACCAAAUGUGCCCAGACAGUAAUGGAAGAGCUGGAGGACAUUGUGAUUGCAUAUGGACAGAGUGACGAGUACAGCUUUGUAUUCAGGCGGAAAAGCAACUGGUUUAAAAGAAGAGCCAGUAAGUUCAUGACUCUCGUGGCUUCCCAGUUCGCCUCCAGCUACGUGUUUUACUGGCGGGAUUACUUUGAGGACCAGCCCCUUCUGUAUCCUCCAGGCUUUGACGGAAGAGUUGUGGUAUACCCUAGCAACCAGACCUUAAAGGACUAUCUCAGCUGGCGUCAGGCAGACUGUCACAUCAAUAAUCUUUAUAACACCGUUUUCUGGGCACUUGUCCAACAAUCUGGACUAACACCAGCACAGGCUCAGGAGAGAUUAAAGGGAACACUUGCAGCAGACAAGAAUGAGAUUUUGUUUACUGAAUUCCACAUCAACUACAAUAAUGAACCACAGAUGUACAAAAAAGGAACGGUGUUGAUAUGGCAAAAGGUGGAUGAAGUCGUGAUAAAAGAAAUGAAGCUGCCAACAGAAGAGGAAGCACAAGAGACAACUGUGACUCGGACCAGGAAUAGGCCCAUGCCCUUGUACUGUGACAUCAUGGGAGAUGCUUUCUGGAAAGAACACCCAGAGAUCCUAGAGGAAGAGAGCUGACUACGCUCUGCAAUUCUGGAGUGCCAACUCAUGCAGGGCUCCCCAGUCUCCUUGCCUUAGGUGGCCCAAGCAGUCCUGGCCCACAACACUGCACAAGGAGGGGCAUGACUGGAUUUGGAUGGAGAGAAGGAAGGGCUGGAUGGGGGCGGUGAAUCUUGUUCUGUUUAAGCAGAAUACCUUUCUUUCUUUCUUUUUUUUUUUUUACAGUGUUAGAAUAUGACUUCUUUGGUUCUUUUCAAAAUCGUGAUUCUAUUUUUAUAAAGAACUAUUCAUGUCUUCUAGGAUGAGUCAUUUUUAGAUUAUAGCAUAAAUCUUCUGAAACAUGUCUUCUCUUUUUACCUGUGACAGAGAGGAGCCCAGACUUUACUCCCCACCUACCUGUUCUUGACUAGAUGGAAAACUCACUUCUGACGCCCAUGUGCUUGCAUCCAUUUUUGGCAUUCUUGAAGGCAAAUAUGGUUUCAUGCCUGCACGAUGCCUGCAGACGGAGGAAUCCUAGGGAAAAUUCAAGGCUUUAUGCCAGUCUCCAGGGUGGCAUCUUUGAACAAAUGAGUAGUGGUUGGAUAUCCCUCCAUACCAUUGCAGGGAUUGAUUUUUGUGGAGUCGUCAGCAUGAUGAUCAUCAUCUUUUGCCAGGGACAUAGGUUCCAAAGUCACCUUUUUGGAAGAAGUGUAUUUGGGAGAUAAAUGUGUGUAUUUGUGAGAGAGAAAUGUGUAAACAUGAACAAGGGUGGAGAAAUAUGUACUCCAUGUACUUUGUAAGUACUUGAGUUGUAAAGGUUGACUUCCUGUUGGACUUCUGAACCAUGCUUCCCAAGUAGCCUCUAUGAUGUCAGCAGUGACCCUUGAAUUUGAGAGCACCAGGCCUGGUAUGAUGGUAGACCUUAAUCCUAGCACCCCAAGAGGGAGGUUGAGGCAGGAAGAUCGACCUGGACAACAUAUAUAGCAAGAUUCAAAACAUAUGGGGCGGUGGGCUAGAGAGAUGGCUUGGUGGUUAAGGGCACUGGCUGUUCUUGCAGAAUACCUGGGUUUGAAUUCUAGCACCCCACAGGCAUUGCACGACACUGGCGCUCUUGCAUACAUGCAGGCAAUACACUCAUAUGCAUAAAAUAAUUUUAAAAAAUGGGUGGGGAGUGGUAGUAAACAUUCGCCUUGGGGUCUCAGGUGGCUCUGGAGGAUGCUUGUGAGUCCUGAAUAACCUCACCUCUCAUGUCCCUAUGGAGAUGGGAAGGGGAUGAAAAUGACAGUGGAAAUCUUGUUGCCAGUGGGCAGGUCACGGGGAUAAGUGAUGAGUUCACGUUUCCUCUUGUUCUUGUUUUAUGUUUUAGAGGAAAAAAGCUAUUUGGCUCCAUUAAGAAUUAAGAGACAGCCCAUGCCCCAGUGUCUGGGCUUGCAUUGCAGAAUUACAGCCAAGAAGAAAAUGUAUUUUUGAAAGAGCAAUGCGUGGCUUCAUCCUUCAGUAAUUGACACCCCAUCUGUCGAUGCUGGUUUUUUCCUUCCUAUUCUCAUUCCACAGGAAGAAGCAAUAGAGCUCAUGUGUGUUAAUUGCUAAAAUCUCUGAGAAAAAAUAAAAAUUUCAACUCCC